UAUUCCGUUAAGUAAAAUAAUUUAAGUUCAAAUAGAAUGUCAUGCUAUCGAAAUUUGGCUCUUAUAUUUUUAUAUCAGAGUUUAUCAGUGUUGUCUUCCACGCUUAUGUUGAGAAUUAUAUUAUCUAAGAAAACGACUUAAUAUAUGCCGUUAAGUCACACAAUUUAAGUUCAAAUAGAAUGUCAUGCAGAAAAACACUUUAAAGACAACAAAAUAAGAACAAACUGGCAAAAUACUUUAUAAUUUAUGAUCGUGGCAUAUCUAAUACAACAUUUUAUGCGAUUUUUUCGCUCUGGCGCACUGCGCACAUUAAUAGACAAUGGCCAUAAGGCAAGCGCACAUAAAAAAUCAAUGUAAAUUGUAAGAAAAACCAAAAAUAAUCAUUAAAAGAGAAAAAAGAAAAUAAAUACACAGUAUACAAAGGCAAAAACUUGGCAACUCACAAGCACCCACGUCCACACCCACGAGCCAGCCAGUCCGAUAUUAAGUGUAGAUAAGAACAGAACCCAUUCAAAAAACAAUGUGAGAGGAGCAGACGAUGUGGGUGCCCCACAAAGGAAUGUUGCAAAUUUAAUUGAACAACUUCAAAAUGAAACAAAAAGCUCGUAACUACAACAACAGCAACAAUUAAACUUGAGCAGAGGCGGCACUUAAGCACAGUCAAAUAAUUGUGUCAAAGGCAAAGCGGCAACUACAAGAGCAUCAGGGCAAACCGAAAGAGAAAGAGAGCGAAGAAAGCGGUACAAUUGUCAAAUCUCAUGCGAGAUAUAGGUUUGAGAACAUACACUAUGAGCAGGUGUGUCAGAUAGCGUACACUACGACUUUGUACUGAUCUAAAGUAAUUAUCCUUCAAAUAUAUACAAAAAAACUAUUGCAGAACGCCUCUCUAUGCGAUUUUCAUGAAUGUUACCUAACUACUAUCACGGGUUAGCUGCAGUUCAUUUGUAAUUGGAAUAUUUUUUUGAAAUAAGUUGCACAUAUUUUUAUCUCUCUUUGCCUCUAUCAGUUGCUCUUUUUUAUAUAGCUCAUUUUACGCUCGCACAGUUCUCAUUAUCUGUUGUUGCUCUAGCUCUCUCUUACUGUUUCUAUAGCUCGCUUUUCCGGCUUUCAUCUGUCUCUCUAAGAACUAUCAUUUAUUAUUCCUUUCGAUCAGUUCCCUUUCUAAAUUUUUACCUUUCUUUCUCUCUUUCUUUUACUUUCGCAGCCGUGAUUAUCGCCUAAUAAUUUAUUCAUUUCCUCCUUACUCGCUCGGCGUGUACCACCUCUCCCUCUUUCUCUACAUCUUUCUCCUUUUCCGACUGAAGCACCUCUUUCCGUACCUCCUACUAUAUCCAUACCUUCCUCCCUAUCUCUUUUAAUCACUCUCUCUUCCUCUCUCACUCUCCUACUUCUCUCUAUCUCAAAUUCUCUUGACUCUCUUUCCAUACUCUCUAUAUGUUGUAUUUUACCUUCCUUUCUUACUUCCUUAUUUUUAUAUCCAUUACUAGUCAAUUAUAUCUAUUAUAUGCACAUGUUAUUUCUCAAUCCCCAAGCACAUUCUCUCAUUGGCUACUCUCUUUUAUUAUUUUCCUUGAAAUUCAUUUUAUCAGUCGGUGUACAAUUCGGGGACAAACUAAUCGGAUCACACUAUUGUUAUAUAUGUUUCUCUUUACUUCUCUUUCUUGCUUCUUUUUGUCUCUUACUCGGUCUUUCUCAUUUCCUUUCUCUUAUUCUUCUUUACUUACCAACUCUCUCUCUCUUUUUGUCAUACUUGAGCUCUUUUUAGCAUCUUUCUCUUACUUUCAUUUAGUCGCUCACGUCUUCCUUUUUAAUAUCGCCUUACUAUGUGAUUUUCAUUAAUUUUAGGUAGUAAAGUAUUUAAUAUCACAAUAGUGAUAGUUUUAACUUAUAAAUAUGGCAUAGAUAAUUAAUGAGGGGACAUUUAAGAUAUGGCUUCUAUAUGCUUUUAAAUGUGAAUUUUUUAAUGUAUAUCGUAUGUAAAUAACGACUUGUAUUUAAGUUAGUCGCGUGGAAAACGUAUUUUAAGUAGCUCAUAAUUAAUUGUAACAAAAGUAAAUGUUUAACAACUAUAAAUAAAUAUAUGAUCAUUUUAUAGAUCUAGACCGAUUUUUUAUAUACGUAAUUCAUUGUAGCAGUAGUUAUUGCUGGCCGUAACUAACAUAAUUGUUUUUAUAGCGCACUCUUUAAUUUAAGAGCAUCAUUUUUUUAAGAGUAUUUCAAAAUGAAGAGUUUCAUGAACAACCUGCGCGCGCAUUAUCUAGGCACUUGUUGAUUUCUCACACACACACAUACGCAAAAGUCGCACACACACUUAAGCAAUGCCCAAGCACAGCUGUUUCUGCUCGCUGCCUGCGUCACGGCGCUGCAGCGCUGCUGCUUAGACUGUUUUUGGUUUGGCUAGUUUCUUUGCCGCACACAGCCACACACACACACACACACACACACACACACACACACACACACACACGCGCACACAUGCACACCUUUUGGCCGUGCUCGUUACCAACACACUCUUGUGAGACAUUUGCGCUAAUUUAAUUAGAGGCCUCGUUUUACUUGCAAGUCGACAGGUGGUUGACAUUUCUAUACGGGGCAGCUGUGACGUUGCCAUUUCGCGUUGCCAGAUUGCUGGCGAGUUAACAGGAACUGGUAUAGGACAAACCUAAUUGGAACUUUUGAGAAAUUGGAAAGAUAUAGAAAUUUAAAUUAGUUCAUUUUGGAUUCUCAGCUACAAAAGUGCGGAUGGGUCGAAAAAAGAGUUCUAGUUGUUUUUGUAACUUCAAUUUAAUAUAACCAGACUCUUGCCAACAUCUGGCAAAUAUGUAUAUAGUGGAAUCACUUCCUUCAUUUUGCUAGGCACUCAUUUCGACUGGUUCUUGAACAAUUCAUAAACCUAUCAAUGCACAGAGAUUUUUGACUUAGUUUUCUAAUGCAAUUCAACUUAAUUUUUGGUUUUCAGCGUUGGCAAAUGGGCAACCCAAUUUGGAGACGAGCUAUUUCUGCUGGCCCAAAAGAUAACCAAAUCGCAGCAGAUCAAAGAGAAAUAUAAAGGCGAAUGUGGGCAAAAUGCUGGCACGAAAAAUGGACGCAGUGCGCUGCAUACAGGAGAAGGCGGAGAGUGUUAACGAGAACUUUGAGUUCAAUCAGACAUAUGCUGAGGCGAACUUCACCUACUACUCCAGCAAGUACUCGGCAUUCAAUGGUAACAGCUCGGAGCAGUUGGCGCCCAAUGAGGAAGGAUAUGCGUAUAUGUAUCGCGAUAUGAUGCUAAAUCCGGACACUCAUUUCUACAAUAUAUCCGUAGAUACGGAGCACAGUUCGGUGCAUGUGCCCUCGAACGUGUGGGAUCGUGCGCCGCAUGUACUUAAGACAAUACAAUGGUCGGAGCAGCUGGAUGAGGUGUUCCGACAGAACUAUCAGUCCGAUCCAGCAUUAUCCUGGCAAUACUUUGGCUCCGAUACGGGCAUAUUGCGUCACUAUCCCGCCGCACAGUGGUCAGACUCGCGCGCAAAUAAACUGGAUGCGGAUACCUAUGAUUGUCGCAAACGUUCCUGGUACAUUGAAACGGCCACAUGCUCCAAGGAUAUUGUCAUAUUGCUGGAUCACUCGGGCUCGAUGACUGGUCAUCGCCAUCAUGUGGCCAAGUUCACCAUACGCAGCAUAUUGGACACGUUCUCCAACAACGAUUUCUUCACAAUUUUUCGGUAUUCCAGCGAGGUGCAGGGCAUUAUUCCCUGCUUCAAGGACGCUCUGGUGCAAGCCACACCAGAAAACAUUGAUGUCUUCAACUCGGCCAUUGCCGAACUGGAAGAUCCCGAGGGCUAUGCGAAUCUAACGCUGGCCUACGAGCACGCUUUUCAAAUUCUACGCAAUUAUUAUAUAAAUCGUCGCUGCAAUGAAACCUCCACCUGCAACCAGGCUAUUAUGCUGGUCACUGACGGCGUUGCCGGCAAUACCACCGAUGUCUUUGAAAAGUACAACUGGGGUGAUGGAGAGAACGGCACCUCGCGCAUGAAUGUGCGCAUCUUUACGUAUCUGUUGGGCAAGGAGGUGACCAAGGUACGCGAGAUACAAUGGAUGGCCUGUCUGAAUCGUGGCUACUAUUCGCAUGUCCAGACGCUCGACGAGGUACACGAGGAGGUGCUCAAGUAUGUCGAUGUUAUAGCCACGCCCCUGGUGCUGCAGAAUGAACAGCAUCCGCCUACUUGGACGCAUGCUUUUACAGACAAAACGUAUGAUCCCAUGAAUAGCACGGAACGGCGACCACGUCUCAUGAUAGCGGUGGGCGUGCCCGCCUUUGAUCGUUCCUAUCUCCAUGAGAACAGCACAAGGAGACGCGCUCGUCUACUGGGCGUGGCCGGAACGGAUUUGCCAGUCGAGGAUAUCGACAAGCUAACCCUGCCCUAUAAGUUGGGCGUAAAUGGUUACUCCUUUGUGGUUUCCAACAAUGGCUACAUGCUGCUGCAUCCGGAUCUGCGACCCAUUGGCUCCAAUGGCAAAAUGAAUCCCAACUAUAACAGCAUUGAUUUUACCGAAGUAGAGCAUUUGUUUGAGGAUCAGAAUCCGCGCGAGCCUGGACAAUCCAUAUUAAACCUACGCAGCGCUAUGGUGCAUCAUGAGGCCAACGAGUUUAGGGAUAUUCCGGUUAAGUUCCAUUAUGAUAAAAUGCGUCGCGUCUCGGAAGAGAAACAGGAUUAUUUCUUUGCGCCGCUGCCCAAUACCCCAUUUACUCUGGGCAUUGUAAUGCCCAGCGAGUAUGGCAAGACUUGGAUCAAGGUGGGCGAUGAGGUGGACAAGAACAAACACAUGAAGGUUAACAUAUCGGAGUUCUUCAUUGGCGAAAACUGGAAAGUGCAUCCCGAUUGGGUCUACUGCAAGUAUCACUAUCUUGAGGGUCACGAAUUCAAGACGCCUGAAGCGGAACUGCGCGAGUUUCUGGAAAAGAUGAUGAAACCCGACUGGAAGUGGCCAGAGCAAUAUGCCGAAGAUGAGUCCGAUUGGGAUGACAAAGAUGAUUUAAAUUGCGGUCGCAAAACGCUCGGCGAUGAUGCCUACUAUUGCAACAAGGAGCUGGUGCACUUGCUCAUCUUUGAUGCCAAGGUGACCAAUUUUAGCUACGGCGAAUGGAAGUUCGAGAAUGAUCAGGAGCGACAGCUAAUUGAACGUUUUGGUGCCACACUGCGUUUCGUGGCCACCAUGAGUGGCCUGACACGCUGGCAGUUCAUCUUUGGCGAGGUGGAAGUGGAUACGGAUCGGGAAUUUGGCGAUUAUCAUACAACAGCCAUUGAUGAGACCUGGUACAAGAGCGCCAUAUUGCAGCAUCAUCAGGAGAACACCGAGAGCUUUGUCUAUUCGGUUAAACACUAUAACGAUCCGCUGGAGGAUAGCGAACUCAAGGUAACCGCCUCGCAUGCCAUCUUUCCACGUGAUGGCGGCAAAGAGGCGCCCGCCUGCGUAGUCGGUUUCCAGUUCUCACAUGCGCGCAUGUGGGAGCGCUUCUUCAACAUCACCGCCGUGGAUAAUUGCAACAAUUGCCUGCCCAUCUGCACGGAUGAUGACGUCGACUGUUCGGUCAUCGAUAACAAUGCAUACAUUGUUGUUGGUCAGAACAUAAAUACGACGGGCAAAUUCUUUGGCGAAUUCCAUGGCGAUGUUAUGGCCGCCAUGGUCCAGAAAGGCAUCUUCAAAAGCAUCGAGGUCUAUGACUAUCAGGGGCUAUGCAAAGUAGAGCCAACAACGCCCAGCGAUGGACACAGCCUGUUGCAUCCGCUACAAGUGCUCGGCCUAGCUUGGAAGUGGUUAAUAGCGCAGCUUUUCUGGCACUAUCAAAGAGUACAAUGGUGGGUGGAUGGUGCGCCCUUUAUGGAGUAUUUGGACAACAUUGAGGAUGAAUAUGUGGCUGUGGGCGACAGCAAUUCGCCAUCAGCAGCCAAGCCCAAAGAGGAUGGCGAUGAUGGUGAGGCCAUAUUUCAAGAGCCCGAACCGGAGCCCAUUUACAAGCCCUGCGAUAUGCGCUCAACGCUUUACGCGCUGCAACCCUCCGCCCUGGUGGGCAUCAAUGACUACAUAGAGGUGCCAUCGACGCGUCCAUUUCUGGUAAAAAAGAUACCCAACACGAAUCUGGUGCUGAUGGUGGUCAAUGUACUGAUGCCAUCGCGCAGCGUACGCCUAACCACCGAACCGCAGCGCAUAACCAACUACGAAGAGGAGUUUCCCUGCUACAAGCUGAAUAUGAGUUUCUACGAGCGUCGGCGCAUUGAGGAGUGCUACACGAAGCACGAAGAUGAGGAACUGUUCACCUAUUGCGGCAACGCCUCACGGCUGGGCCUGACGCUUCAGCUGCUGCCGCUGACCAUACUUUUGAUGUUUUACUUGACGCGUUGCUUUAUGCGCGUCUAGUUUAUACAAUAUAUGUGUAUAUAUAAGCAUAUAUAUAUAUAUAAUAUAUACCUAUGUACUAUUGCGAUCUGUUGGUUUUUAGAUUGUAAACUAUUGUGUAGUACAAUUCUAGUCGAAUGUUUAACAACAAAUAACAGAAACCAACUAAAAAAAACAAAGGCACAAUCUUAUAAAAAAAAACUUAAAGCAAAUUUAGUAACAACAAUUUCAACUCUUAGACUUAUAAAAUACGCCAAACGUUAAGAAUAAAAAUCGUUUUACUUUACAAACUAAAAAAACAUUAGAAAUCGUUGCUAAGCAGUCGAAGAAGCAACUCCUAAAAUAUUUCUAAAUUCGUAUAAUUUCAACCACUUUUUUAGCUCUUACGGCUGUUUAUCGAAAACUUUGAAUGAAAUUUAAGUUUUAUACAAAAUGCAUAUAGCUGAGAGGCGCACGUUUCAUUAACUAUUUUGAUGGUUUAAAAAUGGUAAAACCUAUGCCAAAUAUUAACUAUGUAUGUAAACAAAAAUAAUU